AUGUCUUCUGAUGAUGAUGAUUCUGAUCUGGAAUACUCAGUUACUUUUGAAUGUGAUUGUCAUGGUGAGUUGACAAUCGAUUAUGAGCUCGUAGAGGUUACCAAUAAUGAUAAAGUAGAAUUCGGUAAACAAAACUAUAUGAAUGAAGAU